UUCUUUAUUCACAAGCACAAGGCUAAAGCAGCACAUGUAAGCACUGGCAGAUGCCUGGAGAGAAAGAGAAGGAAAUAGGAUUUUCUGAUUUAUAGAGAUUUUGAGAACAAUUCCAGGCAGAUUUUUAGAGAAAGGUGGGCCAUUUAAGCCAGCAAGACUCUGUCCUGAGGUCUGAACAAUGCUCCUCAUCUUUAAAAGAGAAGACCGGAUCAGCAGAGACCCUCACUUUUGAAAUCACCUCUGCUGUAGAACCUGCACUUUGUCUCUUGCACUCUUUUGCCUAUUUGGAUUAUUCAUUUUUUUCAUUUGUCAUGGAGUUCGCCUGCACGUGAUGAUACAAUGGAACUUGGAGUGUUUGGCUGACACGUGCAUGGAAUGUCAAAGUCGUCAGGAGAGGAGGAAGUCCACAGCGAGAGUCCCCGGUUUCUGGUGGGCUUUGAGGACCAUGAGUGUAAAGAGGACAGCAGAGACAUGAGGAACAAUUCAGAUGUUUAUGAUGAAGAGGAGGAUGAGGAUGAUCUGGCGUCGGAGCGUCAGAUCAUUGUGGGGAUCUGCUCCAUGAUGAAGAAGUCCAACUCCAAGCCGAUGACCCAGAUCAUGGAGCGGCUUUGUAAGUUUGAAUACAUCAAUGUGGUCAUCUUCCCAGAGGAUGUCAUACUUAAUGAGCCAGUGGAGAAGUGGCCAAUGUGUGACUGCCUCAUCUCCUUUCAUUCCAAAGGAUUCCCCCUGGACAAAGCUGUGAGUUAUGCCAAACUAAGGAACCCUCUUCUCAUCAAUGAUCUCAACAUGCAGUACUUCAUUCAGGACAGGAGGGAAGUAUAUCGCAUUCUGCAGGAGGAGGGCAUUGACCUGCCACGCUAUGCUGUGUUGAACCGAGACCCCGACAGACCUGAAGAGUGUAACUUGGUAGAGGGAGAGGACCAUGUAGAGGUGAAUGGAGAGGUGUUUCAGAAACCUUUUGUGGAGAAGCCCGUCUCUGCAGAGGACCACAACGUGUACAUCUACUAUCCAACCUCAGCUGGCGGAGGCAGCCAGCGACUCUUCAGGAAGAUUGGGAGCCGCAGCAGCGUGUAUUCCCCUGAGAGCACUGUUCGUAAGACUGGAUCUUACAUUUAUGAGGAAUUCAUGCCUACUGAUGGUACGGAUGUAAAGGUAUACACAGUGGGACCUGACUAUGCUCAUGCAGAAGCUCGGAAGUCCCCUGCUCUGGACGGUAAGGUGGAGAGAGAUAGCGAGGGGAAGGAGAUCCGAUACCCAGUUAUGCUCACUGCCAUGGAGAAAUUAGUGGCUCGAAAAGUGUGUCUGGCCUUCAAGCAAACAGUGUGCGGUUUUGACCUCCUACGAGCAAAUGGACACUCCUUUGUCUGUGAUGUAAAUGGUUUUAGCUUUGUAAAGAACUCCAUGAAAUACUAUGACGACUGUGCCAAAGUCCUGGGGAACAUGGUAAUGCGAGAGCUGGCUCCUCAGUUCCACAUACCCUGGUCCAUCCCCAUGGAAGCGGAGGACAUCCCUAUAGUCCCCACUACCUCAGGAACCAUGAUGGAACUCCGCUGUGUGAUUGCUGUGAUUCGCCAUGGAGAUCGCACCCCCAAACAGAAGAUGAAGAUGGAAGUGAGGAAUGCCCUGUUCUUUGAUCUUUUUGAAAAGUAUGGUGGCUACAAAACUGGCAAGCUCAAGCUCAAGAAACCAAAACAGCUUCAGGAAGUUCUGGACAUUGCCCGUCAGCUUCUAGCUGAAUUGGGUCAGCACAAUGACUGUGAGAUUGAGGAGAAAAAAUCCAAACUGGAGCAGCUGAAGACGGUCCUGGAGAUGGAGUCCAGCCUGAACGAUAAUCAGUAUGGUCAUUUCUCUGGGAUUAACCGAAAAGUGCAGCUGACCUAUCUGCCCAAUGGCCAGCCAAAAGCAUCAAGCGAGGAGGAAGACUCUCUGAAGGAAGGUCCAUCACUACUACUGGUGCUGAAGUGGGGAGGGGAACUGACGCCAGCAGGCCGCGUGCAGGCAGAGGAGCUGGGCCGGGCAUUCCGCUGCAUGUAUCCUGGAGGGCAAGGCAACUGCAGAUCCCUUGGCUGUGAGUCCCCUAUUGACUGUGGUGAUUAUGCUGGUUUCCCUGGUUGUGGAUUAUUACGUUUACACAGCACCUACCGCCACGACCUCAAGAUCUACGCCUCAGACGAAGGCCGUGUCCAGAUGACCGCUGCUGCUUUUGCAAAGGGUCUGCUGGCACUGGAAGGCGAGUUGACCCCCAUCUUGGUGCAGAUGGUGAAGAGUGCCAACAUGAACGGCCUGCUGGACAGUGACAGCGACUCGCUCACAGACUGCCAGCAGCGGGUCAAAGCCCGGCUCCAUGAGAUCAUGCAGAAGAACCAGGACUUCACUGAGGAGGCUUACCAAAAGCUGGCCCCAACUGGCAGCCCCUCUUUGGUCAACUCCAUGAAAAUUAUAGGAAAUCCUGUCAAGACAUGUGACCAGGUUUACGCCCUCAUCCAGAGCCUCACUUGUCAGAUCCGCAAACGGCUGGAGGACCCCAAAUCUGCAAAUUUGCAGCUGUAUCACAGUGAGACCUUGGAGCUCAUGCUGCAGCGAUGGUCCAAACUGGAGAGGGACUUCCGCAUGAAGAGUGGCCGCUAUGACAUCAGCAAAAUCCCAGAUAUCUAUGAUUGUGUGAAGUAUGACACACAGCACAACAGCUCUCUCGGCCUGGACAACAUGCUGGAACUCUUCCGACUCUCACGGGCGCUUGCUGACAUCAUUAUACCUCAGGAAUAUGGCAUCAAUAAACUGGAGAAACUGGACAUUGCCAGUGCCUACUGCCUGCCCCUGAUUAAGAAGAUCCAGCUGGACCUUCAGAGGACACACGAGGAUGAGGCCGUCAACAAGCUGCAUCCACUGUGGUUCAGGUAUUCGCGAGGCGUGAUGUCUCCGGGUCGCCAUGUGCGGACCCGGCUUUAUUUCACCAGCGAGAGUCACGUCCACUCCCUGCUCAGCAUCUUCCGCUAUGGAGGACUCCUCAAUGAGGAGAAGGACGAGCAGUGGAAGCAGGCCAUGGACUACCUCAGUGCUGUAACUGAACUCAACUAUAUGACUCAGAUAGUCAUUAUGCUGUAUGAAGAUAACAAUAAAGAUCCGUCUUCAGAGGAGCGUUUCCACGUAGAGCUGCACUUCAGUCCCGGGGUAAAGGGCUGCCAAGAUGAGGAGAACGCACCAAUGGGCUUUGGAUUUCGCCCUGCCUCUGUUGAGAACCAGGAGAAGCAGGAAGACCUCGGUAGUCUGGAGGAUUUGUCUGAGGAUGAGCCUGAUCGAGCUAUUCUUACUGAGCCCCUAAGCAUCCACAGGAAGUCCCCACUUAUUCGCAGUCGCAAAGCUGGCUCCAUGGAGGUCCUCUCUGAGAGCAGCACAUCAUCUCGCAAUACAUCCUAUCGCCUGUUUCCCUCGUGUUCCCGCCAGUCUUCUGACAUUAAGUCCAGCGGCCUUGGCUCUCUAUGCACGGGCCUCUUCAGCGCCUCUUUCCGGGGGGUGUCCUCCAGUGCCCCUAACCUGCGGGAAUUAGCCAGAGCCCAGCGUAAAAAGACCACCUCCCCCAGGAGGUGGUCUAAAAGAGACGAGUUGCUCUCAAUGCCGGCAGUAAAGCGGUUUUCAGUGUCGUAUGCCAGGCAUCCGAGUAAUGAGGCUGCAGAGGAGGAGCAGCAGGUAGCUGAAUUACUGGGUGGUCUCUCAGCUGAUCCUGCGUUGACUCAUCACCUCCAUCGCUGCUCCUACCACCUCCGCCUCUUCACUGCUUGGCUACGUUCCCACCCAGAGCCGCCCGACUGUUUUUCCGGGUUUGAAGGCUGCUCCAUGGUGCCCUCUAUCUACCCGCUGGAGACACUGCACAACUCACUGUCACUGAAGCAGGUGGACGAGUUCCUCAACAAAGUGUGUGAAAGCAGGAGUGAGACUCUCACUAAGACUUUGAAAUGUAGACACCGGUGGUCACCCUGGCACUGUGUCCAGUUUGGAACAUUCAUCUCCAGCAGCAGCAGAGUCAAUCAAACUUUGGUUUCAACAGUGAAUAAAUCUUACACGCUGCAGCUGCAUUAAUCUCACAUCACCUCUUUAUGCUCAUCUGAGCUUUACAUUGUCUUUCAUAGGUGAAGCUAAUUCCAAGGGAACAGUGUCUUCAUGAAGCCCACAUUGAGGCUGCUGAUUGCACUUGCUGUAUUUCUUCCAGUAAUGUAGAGCCUCUUUGGCUUCAGAACAAGAGCAUUACUUGGGCUGUCAGCCAUCAAAGAAAGAGCACUGAAUCCAGUAAUUAGUUAGCACUGCUAUACCUCUGUGCCCAAAGGACUGAGAUCUUAAUUAUAGUCCAUUCUGAGCAGUAUGAAGAUAAGAGGACUGGAAUACACACUAGUAAUUGUCCCUUCUCUCAGCUGAUUACACUUAUCGCAUCCCCACUUGCAGCAGAGUAGUUUCAUUGGAGAACAUAACGUCACUCUGAGCCAAGCAACACUCAAAAGAUGCGGGUAAACCAAUCACAGCACAGUGUUGUUGAGCUUAGAGAGGCUGUGUGGAGGUGUUGAUGUCUCCUACUUUAGCACUCACAUACUGAGUCAUGAUGCCAGUCAGUACAUGAAAGCAGAAAGUCUGCUACAGCCAGUUGAUCAAGCACAAUUUUUUUAAUCACUGCCUCUGUAUUUUAUGGGGUUUAACUUUUAAUGUUUUUAGUUUAGAAUUACAAAACUUGUUUUAACAAGAGAGGAAGACUUGAAAUUGACAAAUUAAAUUAUUCAUAAGUAUGAUAACAAUAUUUGAAAAUGUACUUUGGAUGACAACAGUGCCUUAGCCCUAAUGUUUGCUUUUUUGCCCAUUUUUUUGGCUUGUUUUUCUCUUUACAGGCAGUUCAUACAUAAACCUCUUCAGAGCAUAUUGAAGCGCUCUGCCAGAGUCCUUGAGGGCUAGUCAAGAAUGUUUAAAUAUUUGUGAUCUGCUGUCCCUGCCAAAGGAUUACUGUGUUCUAAUUGAAUGUAUUUAAUUUUAGAGAUUUCCAAGAUUAUAUAUUUUAUUAAUAAAAUUGCGUGUAAAGAUUAUAAUUGGCUUUAUUUGUUUGAGUUAAAAAGUACAAUAAUCUUGAAAGUUCUUGUGAAUGAACAACAAUCUGAAUAAAUUAUGCUGGCAACCAAUAA